GAAAUAACUCCUGGCUAUAGCUCAUAUUAUAUUAUACAUGAGUUUCAUUUCAGUGUUUUUAAUUUUUCUUGAACUACAGGGGCUGGAGGGUGGUCCUCCCAAGACGUGCCCUGAUGGUAAGUAUUUCCCGGACCCUGACGAAUGCCGUGUGUUCUACCAGUGUGACCGAGGAAGACCUGUAAGGAAGUUCUGUGGACCCGGGACAGUGUUCAACCCCAAGUCCUGGGUCUGCGACUGGCCAUACAAUGUGGACUGUGGUGCCUCACAUGAAACGAGUACAAAAAGUCCCAACCAGUGUAAAGACGGAUUUGACUACCCAGACCCCGUAACAUGUCCAAGUAAGGUAUUCUACCAAUGUAUUGGGAAAGAGAAAAUCCAGCAAACGUGCAAACACUGGUUAGUUUUCAACCCGAAGAAAUGCAAAUGUGACAAGCCCACAAACAUCAAGUGUCAGGAUGCGCCAAGUAAAUGUGAAAGAAAAAUUGUUCCUACCCCUACUACUCCUGGUAUACUUUGGAGUACUACUUUUGAUCCUAAGGACUACGAGGAGCCUAGUACACCUAGUCCAAGUGAAGAACCUGAGGAUUACGAUGAUGAUGAAUACUACGAGGAUGAGUAAAAUACAGUUUUUACAAGUAUGUUAUGGAUUGCUGUCAUCGAGUCAAGCCAUCAAAUAAUUAUAACACAAGGUUCGUUUUGGAUGGUCAUCUUCUCUAGCGUGUAAAAUAAACAAGACAAGAUAAAAAAACAAAAAAAUGUGACCAAAUCAAACUGAAUAAUCUAUAAACAUAUUCUCAACCUAUAGCAAUAGAUUGCUAAAGUCGUGGUAAAUCGUUGGGCGGAUAGUGACUACAAAGAUGCAUUUUACCAAACAUCAAGUAUAUGUAACUCAAAACAUAUGUAUAGGCAAAGAAUAUAUAGUUUUUCACAUUUC